UCACCCCUGCACACGUGGCUGCACGUAGAGGUAGUAGAAGUCAGAUAUGGCCAUCCUUGCACACCUCUCGAUCAGCUCCCGCUGGCGCGACACCUCCUCCUUCAGCCACGUCGCGAGCUUGACCGCAUACUGCGACACAUAAUGCAGGAAGUCAGCGCAGGGAAUGUCAUGCGCAAUGCGUACCGUGAGCUGGUGGGACCUGACGAAGCGAUCAAGCUCAGCCCAGGUGUAGAUCCCGUCGUUGACAGCCGAGAUGAAACGAAUCAAUUCCUGCACACAAACCAUGGAGAGACUCAUACACAUCGACAUGUCAUUUCGCCUCUGCACCUGCUCGUCAAUGGCUCCGCCUGCUGAGGUGUUGAGCACCCCAUCGAACGAAUCGAUGUGAGGCGGCAGCUCCACGCCGUACGUGUCCUUGAGGUAUUUCUUGAUGGCCGUGAAGCGCUCCACGGGGUCGACUAUCUUGAUGACGUCCUUGAGGGUCCGCACCACAUCCAUCUCUGCGUCUGCCAGGUCUGGCAGCGUCUCGUGCCCCGUGUACGGGUACACUGAACUCAAAGGACACAGAAUGAAUAUGAGCGGGUUGAUCUUGAUGGAGCGUCUGACUCACCUCCUAGGAUGAGUGUGUGUGACUUGUCUGAGGCGCACUUGACCAGAUUGAAGGCCACCUGCCCCUUGGUGUCCAUCAGCGACCCCGCUUCACUGGUCAGCAAGUACGACUCGUACACUUGACGCUUGUCACUGCCGUGACUAUACAUACUGAAAAAGGAGAGAGACAAGUCUCGCUGCGGUCAUUCAGACGAGCUCACUCCUUACCGGCCAUAGGGUGCGUGGCGCUUUUCAGGCUUCUUGGGGUACUGCUGGUCAGGCCUGGACACACCCGUGUAGAAGUACCACUUGCCUCGGCACCUAUACUGCACACGGACAAAGAACAGAGGCGGGAUGACGGGUGUCAGUGACUUGGCCAGUUACGUGCUUACCGCUUUAAAAUAGAGUACGGCUGCCCCCUCGUUUGUUAUGAACCCCUCGCUUUUUCUCGACACAAGCAGUACUAGCAU